AUGCCUUCUGAACCAAACCAACAGUCCGGCUGGGAGCUCUCCAGUUCGGGCAAGUACUGGACUUAUGCCCAUCCCUUAGAAAAGUCCGAUAAUGAUGACCGCCAGUAUCGCUUGAUCAAGCUUACAAGUAAUGAUCUCGAAGUCUUACUCAUGCAUGACAAGAACACUGACAAGUCAAGUGCCGCAUUGGAUGUUCAUGUCGGGCAUUUGAGUGACCCGACUGAACUUCAAGGUCUCGCUCACUUUUGCGAGCACUUGUUAUUCAUGGGAACUGAGAAAUACCCGAAGGAAAAUGACUAUGGCCAGUAUUUGUCUGAUCAUUCCGGAUUCUCUAACGCCUUUACUGGUCUCGAGAAUACAAACUAUUACUUUGAAGUUGGUCAUGAGCAUCUUGAAGGCGCUCUUGACCGUUUUGCACAGUUCUUUAUCAGUCCUUUGUUUUCCGAUAGUUGUACGGAAAGAGAACUCAAGGCUGUCGACUCUGAACACAAGAAAAAUAUCCAGCAGGAUAGCUGGCGUAUGUUUCAAUUGGAAAAGACAUUGAGCAACCCUAAUCACCCUUACUGUCACUUUGGUACUGGAAACAUGGAGACCCUUUCUGAAGAUCCUCGUAAAAAAGGCCAAGACAUUCGUACAGAAUUGCUUAAAUUCCAUGACUCUUAUUACUCAGCCAACAUCAUGAAAUUGGUUGUACUCGGACGAGAAACUCUUGAGGAAUUAACAGAAUGGACCGUCGAGAAAUUCAAGGAUGUCCGUAACAAGGGAAUUGAUCCUCCUAGUUUCCCUAACCACCCAUUAACAAAAAAUGAACUUAUGAAACAAAUUUUUGUCAAACCGGUCAAGGAUGUUCGCUCUUUGGAGAUGACAUUUCCUUUCCCGGACCAAAGGCCUCUCUAUGCUGUUCAGCCUGGCUGCUAUAUUUCCCAUUUGAUUGGUCAUGAAGGACGAGGCUCUGUUCUGUCACUGCUAAAGAAGCACGGGUGGGCAAACUACAUUCAGGCAGGCUCCAUUCAUGGCGGCAUUGGCUUUGAAUUUAUGCGUGUCAACAUUGACCUCACAGAAGAUGGCUUGGCCCAUUAUGAGGAGGUCAUUUUGGCCGUAUUCAACUACAUCGAGCUCCUAAAAAAAUCUGGUGUUCAAAAGGACAUAUUCAAUGAGGUCCAAUCUCUCGCUUCACUUGCAUUCCGUUUCAAGGAGAAAUCGCCUGCUUCCCAGUAUGCUUCCCGCAUGGCAGGUCUUAUGCAACACGGAUAUCCUUCGGAGUACAUCCUGAGUGGACCUAGUCUGAUCAGAGAAUAUAAUCCAGAGUUGAUCGAAGAGAACCUAUCCUGGCUUCGUCCUGAUAACUUCCGUAUAAUGUUGGCUUCCCAGACACCUCCCAAGGGUGUUCAAUUCACAAAAAAGGAACGUUGGUACGGAACUGAAUACGAGGUCAGAGACUUUGAUGACAAUCUCAACCAGUACUUGAACAACCUCAAGGGAGAUGACGCUCUUCACCUUCCCGCCACAAACGAUUUUAUUCCUACAGAUUUUGAAAUAAACAAAAAGAAAAUCGAUGAAAAGGCUAAGAAGCCUGAACUUAUUGUCAACACUCCAAAGCUGCGUUUGUGGCACAAGAAAGAUGAUACAUUCUGGGUUCCUAGAGCGAAUGUUUGUAUCUUGCUGCGUAGCCCACUCGCCUAUGCAACUCCUGCCAACUGCGUCAAGACAAGACUUUACACUGAUUUGUUGAAGGAUUCUUUGAAUGAGUAUGCUUAUGAUGCUGAAGUAGCAGGACUGUGUUACAAUAUUGAGAACCUAUUGGAAGGAAUGCUGUUGUCUUUGGGUGGAUACAACGAUAAGCUAUCUCUUUUGUUGGAGAAGGUUGUACAGAAAAUGUGUACCUUUGAAGUGGACGCUGAGCGGUUCAAGUUAUUGAAGGAUCAGUUGCGUAGAUCCUACAAGAACUUUUCUUUAGAGUCCCCUUAUCAGCAUGCCCUCUACUAUCUUUCUUACUUCACCCAAGAUAAGAUGUGGACAAAUGCCGAAAAACUUAAAGAACUUGACGAUAUCACAGCUAAAGAUAUACAAGAGUUCUAUCCUACAAUUUUGUCACACCUUCAUCUGGAAGCAUUGGUUCAUGGCAAUAUCGUCAAAGAAGAUGCUGAAAAGAUGCUGAUGUCAGCUUUAGAUACAUUGCAGCCCAAGGAAUUGCUCCCCAGUCAAAUAAUCUGUCAUCGCAGUGUAGUUAUUCCAAAAGGUAAGAGAACAAAAUGGGUAUAUAAGCACCAGGUGGAAGAUCCAAACAAUGUCAACUCUGGUAUCGAAUAUCUCAUCCAAGUUGGCAAUGUCACUCAGAUUCCAUUACGUGCAAGACUCGGUCUGUUGGCUCAGAUUGCUCAAGAACCUUGUUUCGAUCAGUUGCGUACCAAGGAACAAUUAGGCUAUUUGGUCAUCAGUGGUGUACGAAAACAAACGGGCUCAAUGGGCAUGCGCUUUAUUUUGCAGAGUGAACGGGAUACAGUUUAUCUUGAAAACCGUAUCGAAAAUUUCCUUGGAAAGCUCAGAGAUUUGGUGGCCAAUAUGUCUGACUCUGAAUACCAGGCACAGCUUCAAUCACUGAUCUCCAAGAAGAUGGAAAAGGAUAAGAAUCUUGGACAAGAGGCAAGCAAGUACUGGUCCCAAAUCCAUUCUGGUUAUUAUGAGUUCGAUCAAGUUGAAACGGACAUUAAGGAGCUCAAGUCUGUUACAAAGGAAUCCAUGCUUGAGUUUAUUGACCAAUACAUCAGCCCAGAGUCUCCUACAGUUAGAAAGAUCUCUGUUCAUCUCCAAUCCCAGAAGACUAUUACACCAAAGUACAAAGUUAAUAUCGAGUCUCUUCAUACCUGUUUGAUCUCUCAGGGUAUUACACGCUUAAGCAUUGAUGACUUGAGGGAUGCUGUAGAGCGUGGGGAUGCAGGCGAAGCAUCUAUGCUGGCAAUUUUGCGUGAAAAGUUAACAGACGAGAGCAAAGCCAAUGAAGAUGAAAUUACGUCUCUUAUGGCCAAGUUGACAACUGCGAUGGGUAUGACAGACAAUGCAUCUGUAAAUGGUCAGAUCGAUGGUACAUUUGUUAGUGUGGAUAACAAAGCCACAGCACGUCGACUAUCUUCUGCGGACGCUAUUGAUCCGGUUGCACUCAACGCUAAACAAGAGGCCGUAGCAAGAGAUCACACCAAACUCCCGAAAGGCAACUGUAUUAUUACCGACCCAGUAGAUUUUAAGAGUAGAAUGCAUUUGGGCCCUGCGGCUGUGCCGUUGGCAAAGUUUUAA